AUGUUUUUAGAUUUUUCAGGAAGACGUCGAUAUUAUCCAAUUAAUGAAACUUUUGGAGAAUUAUACGUUGAAGUUCUUCAUUUCUAUUGGAUUAAAAAAGAUGCAACUGGCUUGGAUAAGAAAGACUUGAUACAACUUCAGUUGAAUUAUUUGAAGAAUUUUGCAAUUGAGGGGAUUGAUGCAAGGAUUGAAACGUUGGUUGUUGAUGAUUUUAUAAUCAAUAAUGAAUGGAUAUUGCAAAAAUUAUUACUUCUCAUUGCCGUGUUGAAACAGAUAAAAAGUGUAGGUGAUGUUAUUAAAUCUUGCCUUACUAUUUAUUUUUUAGACAUUAAAUUAUUUCAACUCGAGUAUACUUUCGAAAACGAUUACCGACAGGUAGAAAUUAUUGAUAUUUACAACUAUAUAUAUGAGGAAUUAUCAUGGUAUUAUAAUACAAUAUUGGUCAACAUUAGAAGAGGUAUUAUAAAUUUACAACCAGAUUUUGGAAUUACAAAGUAUGACAACUGGGAUUUUUCACAAAAAUUGUUAUUUUUCCAUCUUGAUGUCGGUUUAAAUGAAUUUAGUAGACCAACACAGAAUUUUAUUUUAGUUCCAAAAGCAUUUCCAAGAAAAUAUUUACUAGCAGGUAAAGAAUUCACAUAUUUUCAUGAUCAAUUAGGACUAAAUAACAGUUAUCGCUGUUUCAAAAUUGAAUUAGAUGAAGGCAGUGAUAUGAAUUUCAUAUUCCUGCAAGAUCGGAAUUUAGUUAUCUCUCCAUUGGAGUCCCCAUUGCAAUUCAAUUGGUGUGAUAAAGAUAAAAUAGAUUAUAUUGGUAGCCUCACUGAGGAAUCAUCCCCAAAAAAAUUACAAUCAAAACUUAAAUUGAAUAAUAGAACUAUUCUAAAAAAUGUCACAAACAAUAAUGGUCUCCCGCAAAGGAAUUUAAAUAUGUUAAAUUUAUUUGAGAAAGAAACACAUAAUAAAGUAAACCAAAAUGAGGUUGUGCAAGAUUCAAAAAGUCUCAUUGAUGUUGAUGAAGGUUAUAUCAAAGGCAGAGAAGUUACUACAGGUUUGGAAGCCACGGCAAUGGAUGAUUCUAUUGAAGACUCAGGGGAAUUAUUGCAACAAUAUUCAAGUGAAAUAGUUUUAAUUGAAAAAAGCCCUGUUCAAGAAAAUAUUUUAAAGGAGCUGAGCAAAACUGUAGAUAGAUUAUCAAUUGCUUCGAUGGAAUUAAAACUGUUAGAAUAUCCGGAGACUCCGGUAAUUUAUAAUGUAUUGCGACCACAAACAACGUUAAAUUUACAAAAUAGUUAUGGAGCCGAAGAACUUUCUAAAAAAUCGAAUAAUUACAUGUCAACAGAUAAUUUUGUUUUCCACAGCACUGAAGAGCUUAAAUCUUCAGCCUUAAUAACAAAUAGUAGGAAGUCUUCGAUAACUUAUGAAAAACCAUGGAAUAUCAAAAGAGACAUAGUAGAUAAUUGGAAGUACAAUAAUAUUGAAACGAUUACAGAGAACUUAGCUUCGGAUAAAUAUUUAGAAACUAUUCCAAUUAGAGAUGCUUUCAAACAGAAAUAUUCCAAGGUUAAAGAACAAUGUAGAUACUUCAAAACAUUUGUCAAAUACAGGUUAAACGAAGAACAGAGUUGA